UGUGCUAGAGGUGUUUGUUACCGUGUAGUGAGGAAUACGAAACUCGACGAGCCGCGUUUUAUUUUUGAAAUUUGUAGUGUUAAGCCUUAAAAUCAAUAGAAGAACAAAAAUCUCAUUCCAACAAUGAUGUCUGCUGCGCAAAAGCGUCCCUCGGACGCCUUGGUUCCUGUCUCGCACAACAAGAAAUCUCGAACCGACCUAAUUACCUACACCGCAAAAGAUAAACAACUUAUGGAGCAGCAGAACGUUGAACGAACGUCUAGUCUACUGGCUCCAAUCAUGCUGCUCGAGGGUCACGGUGGUGAAAUUUUCUCCACAGAAUUUCAUCCGGAAGGUGAGCAUUUGGUGUCGGCCGGUUUCGAUCGGCAAAUAUUCCUGUGGAACUUUCACGGCGAGUGCGAAAACGUCGGUAUGAUGUCAGGGCACUCGGGUGCCAUUAUGGAGGUUCAUUUUUCGCCAGAUGGUGGCAAUAUUUACAGCUGCAGUACAGACAAAUUUGUUGCCGUGUGGGACGUUCCAACAUGUACCAGAAUUCGGAAGCUGAAAGGACAUUCACAUUUUGUCAACAGUUGCAGCGGAGCGAGACGUGGACCAACAUUGAUUGUAUCUGGCUCGGAUGACUCUACUAUCAGAAUUUGGGAUGCCCGGAAGAAAAGUGGCAUUCAUAGUUUCGAUAACCGCUAUCAGGUGACUGCGGUAUGUUUCAAUGAUACUGCCGAGCAGAUAAUGUCCGGUGGAAUCGACAACGAGAUCAAAAUUUGGGAUAUUCGCAAAAAGGAAAUAAUCUAUCGGCUGAGAGGUCAUACAGACACUAUUACAGGUCUUUCCCUGUCCCCAGAUGGCUCAUAUCUGCUUAGUAACGCGAUGGACAAUACACUAAGAAUUUGGGACGUAAGACCAUACGCUCCGGCCGAAAGGUGUGUGAAAGUUUUCAGCGGACAUCAGCAUAACUUUGAAAAGAAUUUGCUGCGUUGCGCCUGGUCUCCCGAUGGAUCCAAAAUAAGCUCCGGUUCAGCGGAUAGGUUUGUGUAUAUAUGGGACACAACAUCGCGACGAAUUCUUUACAAACUUCCUGGUCAUAAUGGUAGCGUGAACGACGUAGAUUUUCAUCCAACUGAACCGGUCGUCGUCUCCGCUUCGAGUGACAAGACAUUGUAUUUAGGGGAAAUAGAUGGCUAAUGCUUUCUCUAUUCUUUCAACUAUAAUAAUAAAACAAAAAACUCCCUCUUCAUUUUUUAUUUGAUUUGAACUUGUAAUUGAAUAAGAGGAUUCACUAGCGGUUAAGAUCUCUAGGUUAGAAUAGAGUGCUUGAAAAAGUCGGAAAA